GGGUCCUGCGGCUAGUGCACGAGCGAGCACGAUCCAACAACAUAAACAAAAAAGAGGCGUGACACAUUUAUUUGUCAAAACAAUAAUUAAUCCAAUUAUUACUUUCACUUUGGCCGCUUUUACGUAACACCACCAUGUCACAGAAGAUAGUUUUAACAGGCACCCUCGACAUGCUCCACAGUCUCUACGACUUCAAAGCAACGUACGCAAAAACCCUCAGUUUUCGCACCAACGAAUACUUCAUCCUGCACCAAAGCAACACCAAGCACAAAAACUGGUGGGAAGUGAUAAACGAAGCUGGGGAAAUGGGGUUCAUCCCCUCGAACUACGUCGAGACUGUCACUGUGAACCCCUCGUUUUACCUCCAGUUCGUCGACAACUGUCUCGAGAACCUGAAGAAGCGCGCGCCGGUGGAGAACCUCACCGACCGCCACGAAAUCAUCCUGCGCUUGAAAGAAGUGAAGAAGGAGAUCGAGGAGCUGCCCGAGGUCGGGGGUCACGGGGACGACCUCAAGACGUUACAUUACAAAAACUCGGAUAUGGGGCGGUUUGAGAGCAUGAGCUCGCAGUCUUCGCUCCUAACCGAACUAAAAAACGACAUUGAGGAGCCCAUCAAGCCUGUGAAAGCGAACAAAGAACGCGUGAGGAAGUCCAUCGAAAACAUUCACGAGGAGGUGAUUUCCGAGUGUUGCAACGACGUGAAAAAGGCAGAGCUGCCCUCGCCCGCAAUCACAGACCAGUCCGUCUACGAGCUGGUUGAGAGUGUGAGGAUUAAUACGCAGUUGUCUUACGAAAUGUCGCGGGUGGCUGUGGUUACGGUCGUUCAGGGGCUGCACGAGCUGCUGCCAGCGUCGGUGUUUCCAUACUUAAGCACGAUUCUGUCACAAGUACAAAAAUCGCUCAAUGUGGAUGACGUCCAAAUUGACCAAACGCACGAUGCUAGUCGACUUAAGAUCAUCUUUAAUGAGCUCACUUCGUGUAAGGAGGACUCGCAGCAGAGGAGUUGGAUGCUUCAUGAAGAUGAGGAUGUGAUCAAAGAGUAUCUCUUGGAGUUAAUCUCGAUUUUGUCAAACGCCGAUGCGAGCAUUUCUCGCCAUGUCAUUUCCCGAGACCAAUACCACUGUAUCGUCACCCUGAUCCAGUUUUACCAAAUGGAAAUCCGCUGGUCGAUCCGCCAGCUCUUACUCCAAACGUUCGGCGUUCUGUGCAGUCUGGACAAAACCGUCGUCAGCAUAAUGCUCAACUCGAUCCUCCCAGGAGAGCUUGCCAGGGAUAUGAUGGCGAACGCUCGCAACAUUCCCAAAUUAAACUACUCCUCCAUUCUCCUCACCAUGAUUUUCUCCAUGGGCGAGCCCAUGCCCAUCACCCACCACGAACUACUCGGGGCGAAUUUCUUGUCAUUCCUCCUCAAUAACAUUGAGUAUCCGCCCGAUACGGACAUCGACGAGCAAAUCCCCGAUUUGUUCCUCAAUUGCGUCAUUUCGUUCAAUUUGCAGUUUGAGGACUGUGACGAAAAUCCGGUCCUCAGCGCGUUAGAGGAGCGCGACGUUGCGAAAACCUUCACGGAGAAAAUCCUCCUCCUCCUCAACCGCGAGCACGAUCCGGUUCGCAUUUUUGAGCACGAACCGGCGCCGCCUCACGCCCUCCUCAAGCUUUUUGUGGACUUGCUGAGUCGCAAAACCACUGCUGCGCUUUUCUACACCAAUGAUAUCAAAGUUUUGAUCGAUAUCGUGGUGCGGAAUGUGGCCGAUUUGUCGCCAGGGGACAAGCGGAGGCAACAGUACAUCGAAUUGUGCCGGCUGGUGAUGCGGAACACGAACUACGACGAGCACCGGCACCGCUUGGACGACAUUCUGAAAAGCUUCACUCGGAUUUUCUGCGAGGAGAGCGAGUUGAGCAAAACCGACCAGCAGCUGGUCCGUGAGAUUUCGCACGAGUUUCCGCAUUUCUUCAAAUAAUUUUGUGAUACUUUCCGAUUAAAUCGAUCAAUGUGUUAGCGUUUUUCAUUCCUGGGAAUUGUAUGUGAUAUCCUACCUCACGUAGUGGUUUUAGGGUCAACGCGCUUGUGUUAGUCGUGCCAAAGAAAGCGACGAUCGAGUCAAUAAAUUUAUUUAUGAAAUGAAAUACAAAUUGUAAUUAAAAUAAAAUGUGUACACUU